UUGUCAAUCAAAAAAGGGGCCUUCCGUAGGUUGGUUGACCCUCUUGUAUAUUACAUUACAGGGAGCAAAGCAGAAAGUAAAAAUGUUGCAGCUUCCGUCUGUGGGGCAGGAUGAGUGAGGUUUGAAACGUAUUUAGCAGCUGUGUUCAAACAUUUUAAAAAAAUUAUAAAAAAAAAACCAACAACAACAAAAAAAAAAAAACUGGCUACAAACAUGAGCGGUGUAGAGUGCCAUCAAUAAACAUUUGAAACUUGAGUUCUUCAUAGUUUGGCAGCUUUCAGCUUCCCCAUGCCUCCAUCUCCUCUAGACGACAGAAUUGUGGUGGCGCUGCCAAGGCCAGUCAGACCUCAGGAACUCAACCUUUGCUUGGACACGUACUACCUUGAUUCUCUCACUGCUACUCAUAAAACUGUCAUUAGCACAACUGUAGUGAAAAUCAGGGCUACUAAUCUCAUUUAUAUGCCCUCAUCCAACGGCUCUACGCGCUCCUUGUCUUGUGGAUGCAGUAGCGCCAGUUGCUGCACUGUGGCAACUUCUGAAAAGGACAGUCAGACCCAAAGCCAAGUCAGCGCGAGUAGCCCAAACUUGACCUCAGGAGUCUGUACUGUUGGUACCACCAACCAAAUGGUCAACAGCAAUGAUGCGCUAAGUACACCUGGUGGGAUUGGAAGUCCAACCUCUGGCCCUGCUAAACAGCCGUCUGCUGCCCGGAUCAUCUAUCCCAAUGAACUGGCCAAGAGGAUAACCAAAUGCUCCAAGGGUCACCAGCCAAUGCCUGGUCCCGUCAUUAUUGACUGUAGACCAUUCAUGGAGUACAAUAAGAGCCACAUUCAAGGGGCUGUUCACAUCAACUGCUCUGAUAAAAUCAGCAGGAGGAGGCUUCAGCAAGGAAAAAUUACUGUUUUGGACUUGAUCUGCAGGGAAGGCAAGGACUCCUUCAAAAGGAUUUUUUCCAAAGAAAUUAUUGUCUAUGAUGAAAAUACCAAUGACCCAACUAGGGUGAUGCCAUCCCAGCCUCUACAUGUAGUACUGGAGUCACUGAGAAGAGAAGGCAAGGACCCCCUUGUUUUAAAAGGCGGGCUCAGCAGCUUCAGGUCGAACCAUGAAAACCUCUGUGACCACUCCCUCCAGCUCCAAGAGAGCCUGAAUUCGGGGGGUGCAUCUGCUGCAAUACCUCACUCCCUCCCAACUACUCCUGAUAUAGAGAACGCUGAACUGACCCCCAUAUUGCCGUUCCUCUAUCUUGGAAACGAGUACGAUGCUCAAGACUUCGAGAAGAUGCAGAAGAUGAACAUCGCAUACAUUAUUAACGUCACCACCCACCUGCCACUUUUUCACUAUGAGAAAGGCAUCUUCAAUUACAAGAGGCUACCCGCCACUGAUAGCAACAAACAGAAUCUCAGGCAGUAUUUUGAGGAGGCCUUUGAAUUUAUUGUGGAAGCCCAUCAAAGUGGCAAGGGGCUCCUUAUUCAUUGUCAAGCUGGUGUGUCUCGUUCCGCCACAAUUGUGAUAGCGUACUUGAUGAAGCACACACGGAUGACCAUGAAGGAUGCCUAUAAAUUUGUUAAAAUGAGGAGACCAAUUAUAUCUCCUAACCUUAACUUCAUGGGGCAACUUCUGGAGUUUGAGCAAGAUCUGAACAAUGGCAUAACUCCCCGAAUCCUCACACCAAAGCUCAUUGGGGUAGAGACUGUCGUGUAAAGGGGCCACUUCUCUUAUUGAUCUGGUUUCAAAGAAUCAUUGAAAGAAGAUUCUGCUAUGGCCGCCUUUCAUUACUUUAGGGCACACUAUACUUUUGGUGCUUCAGAAAAUGAUUACAGCAACCAGUACGAAGAAUACCGAAAAAGAGCAUGUGUUCAUUGGAUUAAAAUGCGUGAGGGGGAGGGAGCCUCCAACUUUUUUUUUUUUUUAACUUGCCGCAAAACAGGACUACGAAAUGUAUUGAAAAGAAGGUCUGCAAAGUUUUGAGUGAGCCGUCUGUGCAGGUUCAUAGACAGGAAAAAUCUUCAAACUUAGAAGUCCUGAUUUAAAAGAAUAAAUAAAAAUAAACAUCGCCAUUUAUUGAAUGGGGGAACCAAGUGUUUUCUUAUGGUUUCUAAAGACCACAAAUUCAAAUUGGCGCAAAUAAGGCGGCAACAUAAUGCCAUAGAACUCUACAGAGAUGUUUAAGAAAGACUUGUUUAUUUGGUGUGUUUAUGUUCUUCUAUUUUUCUAUGGGGUAAUAUUGGGAUAACUAUUGGGGUUGUGGCCAUUGUAUGCCCUCAGUGGCUUAUUGUGCAAUAAAUUGAGUGGAAAACAAAUGGAGCUGGACAUAAAGUGUAAAUGGAGUGUUAAUACUACCAGCUCAGUGAUUAUUUACAAGAAAAAAAAAACAAAAGCCAUUUUCUUUCUAUUUGUUCUGUUUUUUUGUGUCAAUUCUGGUUAAAGUGCCAUUAACUUUGGUGCAAAUGUAUCAGAAUAAUAUAUAUAUAUAUAUAUAUAUAUAUAUAUAUAUAUAAUUUAAAUAUUUUGGCACAACAUAUUGGUGUGUUAUUGUUGUCUGUGUAUAAUUUCAUUGUGUUUAUUAUAUAUAAAAAAGAAACCUUAUUGGUAGUUGUAUGUGUAUUUCCAAAAAAUGAGUCUUCACUUUACAUAAAGCAUACAUUAUUUUUGGCUUUCACUCAUCUUUCCUUAUUGUAUUUAAUCAUUUUCUUCUGUUGGAGAAAAUGUCUUUUAGAGACGAGUAAAGCUACAAGAUUCUGCCGAUGCAGAUCGCGUACAGACGUGUCAGAAGUCCAAAGAAUUACUCUUAAUGAAAUGUGUUGCUACCAAUAGAAAUCAAGAAAAGAGUUUAGCACCAUUAGAGUCAUAUUCACAAACCAUUUACUAUACCACCAUAAUAUUUAUUUUCCCCUAAAAAACAAAAUAUUGAUGUUAAAAAGCUUCAAAUAAAUAGUUAAUUUAGGAGCUCCUGCAUGCACCGUAGUUGUGUAUGGCUAGUUCUGUAAUAUUAGCAAUUUUUGCAGAGUGGUGAAUGCUUUGUGAAUAAGACUGUACUGUUUUUUGUUUUUUUUUAUUUAUCACUUGUGUGCCAUUAGUGUAACACCCUUGUGCUUCAUAAUAUACUCACACCCUCUUUUUCAAGAUAGGGCUCCAAGUCUUCUCUUAUCCUUUAAGAACCGAUUCAGUGCAUCCAAUUACUUUCCCUCAAAAUAAUACUGUUGCCCUAUAAACACCAUUUAUGAACUGAAUUUUUAAGAGUUUCUAUCACUUGUUCUCCUAAUAAUUUACACUUUUUUAUUCUAUGUAUUAUUUUUCCACGUUUUCUAUAAAGUUAUUUUAAAUAUUCAAGUAUAGUACUUUUUGAAAGUUUGUACCUUGCAUAUUAUUUCUUGGAAGAAAAAAAAAAAAAAAAAAAACUUGACUCCGGACCAUAUGAAACUGAUGCAGUUUAUAAGCGUAGCACAUGUACUGCAGAAACUGUCUGUAUUUCAUGCCUACUGGAAACACAAUCUUGCUGGUAUGCUUGGUCUUCUGAGUCUUUAAUGGAGUCAUAAACAUAUUUUUUUUUACCAAUCAUUAGCAUAACACCAUUUUGAGAAGUACCUUAUCACUUUGUAGUUGAUUCUUUUGAUUUUUAGACUUUAUUUUUACAUGGACCAGUGAAUCCCAUUUAUCCUGCCACAGCGCUGUAAAUUCACUUUAUGUGUUACAGGUAAGGACCCAACCUGGUCCCAGAGAGCUUCCUACAGGCAGAAGGAAAGGCCAUCUGUAGCACAGGAAGUAUAGUAUCUUGCAGUAAAAUUACAAGGGUCUAACAUUAGAAUUUUACCUACAAGUGACCAAAUGUGAGCGCCAUCUUUUAAACAUCUUCAGUCUUCAGUAUGCUGUUUAGCAUCAUGUGAUGUGAUCAAUAUUAGAAGAUUAUAUUUUUUAAAGAAGACCCACACAUUACAAAAUGGAUGCCAAGUAGGUACAAAUUACCUCAAUUGGCCUACCUAGGAUUUGAUACACAUAGAAAAACAAUUUCUGUAAAUCUACAGUAAUCUACAAUAUUUAACAGUGACUUUAAGGGACAAUUUCCAUCUUACAGACCCUUGUUCUUUCCUCCACCUGAAUUAACGUGCAAAUCUGGAAACAAAUUUGAGGAUGUUGAUCUACUUAAAAAGCAACAUAAAUACCUAAAAUAACCACUGGCAGCCCAUCUGAGUUACAUGUUUACACUGCUGGAAAAACCCAUGUAUCCCAUUGGCAUAUUAUCCUAUAUUUACUGCAACUUUGUCCCCUUAAUUACCUACUGGUGUAGAAGUGGUAGUACUAAUAAGCAGGUCAGGUUCUCUGCAUAGGAACAGCCCCAAAAUAGUUUUUAGUGUUGUUUCUAAUUGUGACUGAUGAGCAGACUGCCUCAUUAAUCCUCCCCUAUCAGCAGUACAUAACCCGACUACACCAGAAUAGCCCUGAUCUCAGCUACCCUGCAUUUGGCAUUGGGUUUGUAUUUUCGAUGUAUUAGGAAAGACAGGCUCUUAGACAACAGGCCCGAAGGGAUCUUGAUUAGCUUGGGUUUUCUUUAUAUGGUUGAGAAUGUGCAGAACCUCCUAGGUUUCUGUGUCAUUUUGUAAAAAUACGUAAGCCAGAAACGAAGGUUAUCAAAAGUGAGGGUUGUGCACCAUGCUUUUUAUCUUUGAAUAAAGAAUGAAUGGUUGUCAAAUGCCAA